UACACACGACACUGUAGGGGGCGCUCUGAGCUCAAUGUUUGUAACCUGCUACGAUGGAAAUGAAAAGCAGAAGAAGAUCAUUCAGCGAGCUGGGCCAGAUGCUGGAGUGUAGACUGCAUUGAUCACUGCAUCCAGGCAGUAAUGUCUGGCUAUUUGCGUCCAGGGCUUCUCCUUUACACUGGUGGAAGACAUCUGACCAGUUUCUUUGCACCCAGCCACUAUGUUUUAUCAGAUACGCGGUGGAAAACCUGCCCGCUCCCUUAUCAAGCCCGGAACUUCUCCUCCCGUCGUGGUCGAUCAGAAGGAAGCUCAGGACAGGACGGCGAAAACACACUGCGUGCUCCAAUACGUGAAAUGGACUUCCAGCUGAGCCGGCUGCAGAUCAAUGCAGUUCUGUGCGCUAAUGAGCAAUCCGUUAGUAUUCCAGAGUUUGAUGGCCGUGGUGGUCCCAGUCCAGUGCUCAGGUUUGAAAGCAACCAGCUUUCAGCCAACACUCCGCUAGAGGACCGACGCAGCAGCACAAGCUGCCUCCAGACCCGUGGCAUGCUUUUUGGCAUAUUCGAUGGACACGGCGGACAUGCAUGCGCUCAAGUGGUCAGCGAGCGUCUGCCUUAUUACAUAGCUGUAUCGAUGAUGUCAGAGUCCGUCCUGGAGGAUCUAGAGGCCGCCAUGGAGACCUUACGACCCGUGCCGCCCAUUCUACAGUGGUACAAGCACCAUAACGACUACAACUACAGGGAAUCAGCAACCCUCUACAUUGAUCAUUUGCGUGUUUACUGGCAGGAGCUUCUGGCGAGUGAAGAACACGGUGAUGGCAUGCGUCCGGUGGAUGCUCUCAGCUAUGCUUUCCAGCGACUGGACACAGAUCUUUCUCUUGAGGCACAGGUGCCGCUCGCAAAUGACCUGAUGCGGAACACGGCCAUCCAGGCCGCCUUCGCUGGCUGCACGGCUUGUGUGGCUUACGUUGGACCAGAAGGUGUGCAUGUUGCAAAUGCAGGAGACUGUCGGGCAGUUUUGGGUGUCCAGGAGCAUGAUGGGAGCUGGAGUGCUUUGCCGCUCACACAAGACCACAACGCUGCCAAUGUAGCCGAGGUAGAGCGGGUAUUGCAGCAGCACCCGGCUAGUGAACGGCCAACCAUAAUCGUAGACGACAGGCUGCUCGGGGUCCUGAUGCCGUUGCGCGCGUUUGGAGACGUUCGAUUCAAAUGGCGUCGUGAGCUCCAGCAGAGUGUUCUAGAGAAUGGAGACUCUGAUUUAGAAGCACUAAAUCUUUACCAAUACGCUCCACCUAAUUAUCUCACCCCACCUUAUUUAGAGGCAACACCAGAAGUCACCUACCACCGGCUUCGACCGCAGGACCGGUUUUUGAUUUUGGCCUCUGAUGGCCUGUGGGACGAGAUGACCAAUGAUGAGGCGGUGAGGCUUGUGGCAGAACAUCUGACUGGUAUUCAUCUGCAAGCUCCAGUUUCAGCCAGAAAGCUCAACUUGGGACAAAUGCACCAGCUGCUGCUGCAGCGACGGGCCAGAGCAACACCUGCUUUGGAUUUGAAUGGAGCCACGCAUUUGAUUCGUCAUGCACUGGGCACAAAUGAGUAUGGAGAGAUGGACCAGGAGAGACUGGCAACCAUGCUGGCUCUGCCUAGUGAUUUAGCACGCAUGUACCGAGAUGACAUCACUGUCACAGUGAUUUAUUUUAACCAGAACUUUAGCAAAACUACUAACUAAUAAAGCACACAAUUUUUAAAGGUUCAUAUAUAUCAGAUUAUAUUUGAAGGAUUGUUUUCAGCUGUGAAUUUUUCAAUGCUUUUUUAAAAUGUGUUUUUCUUGUUCCUUAUUGUCUUUUAUAUUGUUGUGUACACUUAAAAAUGCCUACAGAUGACUUUAGUUUGAGUUCGCAAGCGAUGCUUGCAUUUCAUUUAGGAGAAUGUUAAUGCAAACAAUGAGUAGAAUUCAUAAUGGGUGAUUCACUUUAAA